GUGGGUCCUACCUUUGGAGUGCGUCACGUGGUUCUGCUCUUACAAAUAACUCGCAGUAAAGUAGAGAACAAAUCAGAGAACAGUUAUAUUAGGCAUUAUCUGGCCCAGCAGCUAUCUGCAGAUACAGACAAGACGCAACGCGGAGCGGACAACUACAUUUUUGCGAGUAGCCUAAUACAGAAUUUUAGACGUUUGAAUUCUUACAGAUUGAAUUUAUUGGAAUAAAACCAAGAAGAGAGAAGAGAGGAGGACCAUCAACGGCGAUAUUCACCCGAUUGACUUGGAAAAGAAGAUCCAGACUUAUCACUAACCAUCCUUAUCUGGUGAGAUAAUACAACGAGAGCUCUUGGAUGAAAAUGUGAGUGUAUUCCCUUUUGGCGGCCGCUGAUCAAAAAAACAUUUGGAUUGGAGAUUGGACCUUACCGAGAUUUUUACUUCAAAACCUUGGCUUUUUUCAUUAUUGGGUAAUUUAUUAUUUCACUUUUUAAUCUAAAAGGAUAGCUUAGUCACUGGAUACAAUAUGUAUUCGAGUUUGGCUUUAUCUUCCAACCCGUCCCCUUACGCACACGACUCCGGGAACUACAUUCAUCCGUCCGCCAGCUCACCUGUUUAUGUGCCCACUACCCGUGUACCUGCCAUGCUCCAGACCUUACCCUACCUACAGACGUGUGAGUCCAGCCAUCAAUCCCACGGCCUCGGCAAUCACCAUGCCUGGCCACAGACUGGCACGGAAAACGCCACUUUUAACCCGGGCAGCCCUCAUCCUCCUCCGGGUUUCUCCUAUUCACACAGCCCACCGGUAAGCAGCAGCACCGGUAGAGAUGGAACUUACCAGAACACGCUGAUGCUCAGUAAUGGCGGUCGGGCAGAUCAGUAUGGAAGUGCCCUGGUGCGAUCGGUUGGUGGCUCUUACUCCAGCCCAUACGCGGCCUACAUGAGCCCAGAGAUGGCAACCUCGUGGACGCCAGGGCCCUUUGAUGGCGGCAUGAUCGGUCUUCAGGGACGCCAAGGAGCUCUACCUGGAAGAAGGUCCAGUUUAGACAUGCUGGAUGACCUGUCGUGUGAAGGUCGAGAGUGUGUUAACUGCGGCUCUAUAUCGACCCCGCUGUGGAGGAGAGACGGCACGGGCCAUUACCUGUGCAAUGCGUGCGGCCUUUAUCACAAGAUGAACGGAAUCAAUCGACCUCUCAUCAAACCCCAAAAACGUUUGCAAAGCACAUCUCGGCGAGCGGGUCUGUGUUGCACUAACUGUCACACCAGUACCACCACACUUUGGAGGAGAAACGCAGAGGGCGAGCCCGUCUGCAACGCAUGCGGCCUGUACAUGAAGCUGCACGGGGUACCAAGGCCAUUAGCAAUGAAAAAAGAAAGCAUUCAGACCAGGAAACGUAAACCAAAGAUGCCCAAAACCAAACCAUCCUCAGGGUCAACAGUGUCCGGUUCUACGUCUCCCUCUUCACUGCCCGUGUCAGAGAACGCCUCUACAAUAAAACGUGAACCUAACAUCGCAGCUUCUCCGUAUGCUGGUCAAACUGUUGUCUCAGUCACACAGGCAUCGACACAGCUGGACAGCGCGAGCGCAGGGCAUGUGGACAUCAAAUACGAGGACUACACUUACACACCUACAUCAAUCGCUCCACAGAACUCCUGGUGUGCUCUGUCUCAAGCGUGAUGUCAUCGGAGACCAGCUUCCCUCCCGGAACCUCCCUAGUGCAUUCUGGGAAAAAAAGACUUUUGACAAGAUCUACCUAAUAGAGCUCAAUUAAAAACAUAUAGACAGACGGAGCUUGGGAAUCCAAGAGAUUGACUGUCAUUCAAGGCACAUCACAGCCAGUUCGUGUUGUUUUGUCAAAAACACGGCAGAGACUCAUCAAGCAGAUCUCGAGUUCCAUAAGCGACGUUUGGAAGGACAAAAACAUGGCUUUUAUGGCUUUUGAACAUGUUUCUUGGCUUAGAUGUUAAUGAUUAACUUUUAAGAUACAUUAUUUAUGUUAAGAUAAGAAUGGCAGAGGCACAAACGUGUCUCCCAUAAUCCUUCUUAUCCUUCGGGGAGUUUGUGUCUUUAUGGUCAUUAUGACUUUAAAUCACAUACUUUCCCUGGAUGAGCUUUUAUAAGUUGCCUUGUUGUCUUUGCUGAUUCCAGACAAUGUAAAUGCUGUAUUGUAUUCAUGCAAUGAUCUGAAGUGCAAUGACCCUCAGCAAUGUACAAGGGAAACUUUUAUUUUAAUUGUUCAAAAUUUUGUGUUUUGUUUUGUCAGAAUAUGUUAACCUAAAUUUAUUUGCUGUAUUUUGUUGAUAUAUAUUGGAAUUAUAUCGUUGUUUUAUUGCAUCAAAUUGCAAAAAAAUG